GCCGGCGGCCCUGCGGCUCUCGCCACCUCCUCUGACCCCCGAGGCCGGGGUUGUCGCGGUACGUCAGAGCAGGGCCGCCCCGCCACGCCAGGAGGAGGCCCGCACCAUGGCAGCCCGGCUGGGCGCGCUCGCCGCGUCGGGGCUCUACCGGAGGCGCCAGCACCGGCAGAGCCCCCCGCCCGCCGCGCUGGGCAACAUGUCCAACGCCUUGGCCAAUGCAGUGUGCCAGCGCUGCCAGGCACGCUUCGCCCCUGCUGAGCGGAUUGUCAACAGCAACGGAGAGCUGUACCACGAGCACUGCUUCGUGUGUGCCCAGUGCUUCCGGCCAUUCCCUGAGGGGCUCUUCUACGAGUUUGAAGGCCGGAAGUACUGCGAACAUGACUUCCAAAUGCUGUUUGCUCCAUGCUGUGGAUCCUGCGGUGAGUUCAUCAUUGGCCGUGUCAUCAAGGCCAUGAAUAACAACUGGCACCCGGGGUGCUUCCGCUGUGAGCUAUGUGACGUGGAGCUGGCUGACCUGGGCUUCGUGAAGAACGCAGGCAGGCACCUGUGCCGGCCUUGCCACAACCGGGAGAAGGCCAAGGGUCUGGGAAAGUAUGUCUGUCAGCGGUGCCAUCUGGUCAUAGAUGAGCAGCCCCUUAUGUUCAAGAAUGAUGCCUACCACCCGGACCACUUCAGCUGCACCCACUGCGGGAAGGAGCUGACUGCAGAAGCACGAGAGCUGAAGGGCGAGCUCUACUGCCUGCCGUGCCAUGACAAGAUGGGUGUCCCCAUCUGUGGAGCCUGUCGUCGGCCCAUCGAGGGCCGUGUGGUCAACGCGCUGGGCAAGCAGUGGCACGUGGAGCACUUCGUCUGCGCCAAGUGUGAGAAGCCGUUCCUAGGGCACCGGCACUAUGAGAAGAAGGGUCUGGCCUACUGUGAGACCCACUACAACCAGCUCUUUGGGGACGUCUGCUAUAACUGCAGCCAUGUGAUUGAGGGUGAUGUGGUGUCGGCCCUCAACAAGGCAUGGUGCGUGAAUUGCUUCUCCUGUUCCACCUGCAACAGCAAGCUAACCCUGAAGAACAAGUUUGUGGAGUUUGACAUGAAGCCUGUGUGUAAGAGAUGCUAUGAGAAGUUCCCACUGGAGCUGAAGAAGCGGCUGAAGAAGCUGUCGGAGCUGGCUGCCCGCAAGGCCCACCCCAAGUCCGUGGGCCUCAACUCCGCCUGAGCGGGCUCCUGCCUGCCCUCCGCCUUCAUCUCCCUUCCUGCUGGUGCCCCCUUCCCUUUGCUGCCUCCAGUCCUCAUCUCUGCUCCUUGUCUGUGGCCUCCCCCUGCUUCCUUCCCUCCUCCCCUCCUUCCCUCCAG